UUUCUUUUAUUUUAUUUUAUUUUAUUUAUAAUAUAAUAUUUGGAAAGGGAAAACACUAUCGUCUGACACCGCUUGUAACGAAUUCGAACCCGGAGUUGAUCGCGCUGGAUCCGGUGACCCUCAUCCUUUUCCUGUUGCGGGUCCAAUCCAACAAGCCCUAGCCCAAAUUCCCCCUGCCCUCUCCCAUGGCCGAUCCCGCAUCCCCGGAGCCCUAAUCCCCUCUCCCCCACUCCCAUGGACGACGACCACGCCGAAAACGGCCACUGCGGCGGCGGCGAGGGGCGCGGGUGCAACGGCCCCGCCCCGAAGCGGGCGCGCCCUUCUCCCGCGGCGAUCUCCGGGGCGGAGAUCGCGGCGGAGUUCUCGCACCACGACCCGUCGGUGGCGCGGCUGAACAACGGGAGCUUCGGGAGCUGCCCGGGGUCCGUGCUGGCGGCGCAGGCGCGGUGGCAGCGGCUGUACCUGGCCCAGCCGGACGAGUUCUACUUCAACAGGCUCCAGCCGGGGCUCCUCCGGUCGCGCGCGGCGGUGCGCGAGGUAAUCGGCGCGGAGGAGGUGGGGGAGGUGUCCCUCGUCGACAACGCCACCACCGCCGCCGCCAUCGUGCUCCAGCACGUGGCCUGGUCCUUCACGGAGGGCGCGUUCCGCAAGGGCGACGCCGUGGUGAUGCUCCACUACGCCUACGGCGCCGUGAAGAAGUCCAUCCAGGCGUACGUGGCCCGCGCCGGCGCCGAGGUCAUCGAGGUCCCCCUCCCCUUCCCCGUCUCCUCCGACGCCGACAUCGUCCGCGAGUUCCGCGGGGCCCUCGACCGGGGCAAGGCCGGGGGCCGCAGGGUCCGCCUCGCCGUCAUCGACCACAUCACCUCCAUGCCCAGCGUCGUCAUCCCCGUCAAGGAGCUCACCCGCAUCUGCCGCGAGGAGGGGGUCGACCAGGUGUUCGUCGACGCCGCCCACGCCAUCGGCAAUGUGCCGGUCGACGUCGAGGACAUCGGCGCCGACUUCUACACCAGCAAUCUCCACAAGUGGUUCUUCUGCCCCCCCGCCGUCGCCUUCCUGCACACGCGCAAGGGCGCCGAUUCCUCCAACCUGCACCACCCCGUCGUCUCCCAUGAGUACGGGAACGGCCUGCCCAUGGAGAGCGGCUGGAUCGGGACAAGGGACUACAGCCCCCAGCUCGUGGUCCCCGAAGUGAUCGACUUCGUCAACCGCUUCCAAGGGGGGAUUCAGGGCAUUCAGAAGAGGAACCACGAGAAGGUCGUGGAGAUGGGGAAGAUGCUGGCGGAGGCGUGGGGGACGUGCUUGGGCUCGCCGCCGGAGAUGUGCGGGAGCAUGAUCAUGGUCGGCUUGCCGGGAUGCCUGGCGAUCAUCAGCGAUAAGGAUGCGAUGAGGUUCCGGACUCACCUGAGGGAGGAAUUCCGGGUCGAAGUCCCCAUUUACUACAACUCGAGAAAGGACGGCGAGACCGCAGCUAAAGAUGAGAACUCUGCUGUUACUGCUUACGCGAGGAUCUCUCACCAGGUGUAUAAUGUCGAGGAAGAGUACCAUCGUCUCAGAGACGCAAUCAAGAAGCUUGUGCAGGAUGGGUUCAAUUGCGCGAUGCUUCCGCCUGUUAAGAAGGUAAUGUAAUUUUCCAUCAGUGAGAAGCUUUUCUUGUGGUGGUGGAUGGGGAAGCAUGUCACCAUGGAGGCAAUGAGCUGUCCAUUCUCUUUCUAAGAGAUUGCGGCAUUCUCUCUCGGACUUUUAGAACUUAGUUAAAACUAACGCUGUUGUAUUUCCCUAUGACAAUAAUCCGCGGGCAUGUUUAUUUCUCUCUCCACCCCCCCAACCCCCCUUUUUUUCAAGCUGUGAUGUAAGAAAUAAUUCGACAUUUAUCAGUUGCUUUGUGGUCGCUGUACAUGGUUUUUUAUAAUGUCUCUGAGAUGAGACGAGAUGGGAUGGAUGAGGUGAUAAUUGUUUCUAGUAA